AUGAUGGAACCGCCGCUGCAGGCAAAGCAAGCGCAAUCCACUCUUCCUACAGCCAUCUCGAAUAUCACUUCAAAUAAUAAUAAUAAAACUCCUUCUCUUCUUGACGGUCGAUCCUCGCCAACGAAUAUGCGACAGUCGUCCUCCAUCUCCUCCGCUACACCUUCAGCCGCGUCCUCGCCAAUUAUCUACCCUAUACCUGGGCAAAUCGCCUCAGUGUCAGGGUUGUCCUCUUUACCCGGAUCAGCCUCGGCGUCAGGUACAGCAACGCCGUCCACCGCUGGAGAAAAGAAAACGAUAUCUUCUAGGUUGCAACGCAUGUUCUCGCAAAGUGGCGGGAAAGUCAAGGACGAAAGUAAACCUGCUUCACGCGAUCGACACGUCGUUGAAGGGGCCACCUCGGAUAACGAAAGCGGCCGGGAGCGAGAAAGGCCUCAAGUCCCUGCUCGGCAACCAUCAUUAACGGAAAAGAAACAAACUCCGGCCAUCACGAGCUCGAUCGCAGAAGCUAAGAACGGAAUAUUUCCCGUAUCUCAAAAACGUUUUCAAUUAUUCGCAGAUGGCUCUCAUGAACACCACCUACGCAGUGCUAAGCGGCAAGAGAAAUUAUCAGAUAUGCUUCGGGAUUUGCUUGUUGGAAAACGGAAAGAGGAUCACAGCGGCGAACAUGAUCGGCUGAGCCUUAUGUCUACUUGGGUAGAUCAACUCAAAAAUGAGAAAGAAAAGCUUGCAACCGAUAAAAAGGGAGGCCCGAAUGCUACAGCUACGCUUGUUGAAAAGUAUGGAAAAUGUCAGGAAAUCAUUGGCCGUGGGGCUUUUGGCAUAGUUCGUAUCUCGCAUAAGGUUGACCCUAAAAACGGCCACUCUGAACAAUUGUACGCAGUGAAAGAAUUUCGCCGUCGACCCCAGGAAUCGCCCAGAAAGUACCACAAACGACUGACCUCUGAGUUUUGUAUCUCAUCUUCGUUGCGGCACCCGAAUGUCAUUCAUACCCUUGACUUACUACAGGAUGCAAAGGGAGAUUACUGUGAAGUAAUGGAGUUUUGUGCUGGAGGGGACCUAUACACUCUAGUUCUUGCGGCGGGGAAACUUGACGUAGCAGAAGCAGAUUGUUAUUUCAAACAGUUAAUGCGUGGUGUGGAAUACAUGCACGAGAUGGGCGUGGCUCAUCGGGAUCUCAAACCAGAGAAUCUUCUACUCACGACGACCGGUGCACUCAAAAUUACUGACUUUGGUAAUGGAGAGUGUUUUCGUAUGGCCUGGGAGAAAGAAGCCCAUAUGACUUGUGGCUUGUGUGGCUCGGCACCAUAUAUUGCGCCGGAAGAGUAUACGGAUAAAGAAUUUGAUCCUCGGGCGGUAGAUGUUUGGGCCACGGGUGUUAUAUACAUGGCAAUGCGUACUGGGCGACAUCUAUGGCGUGUUGCGAAGAAAGACGAGGAUGAAUUCUUUGAGAAAUACUUGGAGGGAAGGAAAGACGAGGGCGGCUAUGCACCGAUUGAAAAUCUGCAUCGAGUGAGCCUACAGUUAAAUCCUCUUCCAAUCUAA